GGUUUCACCGUUAUCACUUAUCAGCUAAAAAGGGUCAGCAGCUAAAGAUAACAAAGAACAUCCAUGGCGACGUUGAGCUGCCACUUACAUCUUGCUAUCCGUCGACUUCCUGGCAAUGCCAGCAGAGUGAGGCCAUCCUUCUCCUGCUCAGUGCAACCCUCUCAAAGCAAUAUUAAGGUUGUUAUAAAUGGAGCAGCAAAGGAAAUAGGAAGGGCUGCAGUAAUUGCAGUGACUAAAGCUAGAGGAAUGGAGGUGGCUGGUGCAGUGGAUUCCUAUUGUGUGGGAGAAGAUAUAGGAAAGGUGUGUGAUAUGAAAGAGCCUUUAGAGAUUCCAAUCAUGAAUGAUCUCACUAUGGUUUUAGGUUCGAUAUCUCAGGUAACAUUUCGAUUCCAAUAUCUUUCUAAGUUGACAUUAACAGAACAUUCACCUUUGAUACCAUACCAUUUUGAUCUCAAUGAAUUCUCUCAGUCAAAAGAAACAGGAGUCGUCAUCGAUUUUACUCAACCUUCAGCAGUUUACGACAAUGUAAAACAGGCAACAGCAUUUGGUCUGAAAAGUGUGGUUUAUGUGCCUCGAAUAAAGGCUGACACAAUAUCAGCAUUAUCUGCAUUUUGCGAGAAAGCCAGCAUGGGUUGCCUAGUUGCACCAACUCUAUCCAUAGGAUCCAUUCUCCUCCAGCAAGCCGCCAUUCAAGCUUCCUUCCACUACAAUAAUGUAGAAAUUGUUGAAUCAAGAGCUCAUGCAACAGAUCUUCCUUCACCAGAUGCUGUCCAGAUCGCCAACAACCUCUCAAAUCUUGGUCAGAUCUACAACAGAGAAGACCUUUCAACCGAUGUUUUGGCAAGGGGUCAAGUCCUAGGUGAAGACGGGGUGCGUGUUCAUAGCAUGGUCCUUCCUGGGCUUCCAUCUAGCACAACAGUUUACUUCUCUGGACCAGGGGAGGUCUACACCAUCAAACAUGAUAUCACAGAUGUGCAGUGCCUCAUGCCAGGCCUACUCUUGGCUAUUAGAAAGGUUGUCCGACUAAAGCAUCUAGUGUAUGGCCUGGAGAAAUUUCUGUAGAACCCCAUUACUCUUCAAGUUCCUUGGUGUAUAACAAGACCCAUGGCAAAUCCAGUGAAGAAUCAUUUCCAUCCUGCAAACAAACAUUUUACAAAAGGAAUGGUGUAUGGCCGGGAGAAAGUUAUGUAGAAUUCCAUUUUUUUUCAAGUUCCUUCUUGUAUGAGCUAGAUUUUUGGCAAACCAGAGAGAAUCAUUUUCAUCCGGCAAAUAAUUUAUGAAAGGAAUGGAUUUCCUUCUUC